CAUCUCGAAAUCCUCAGACUCUGGCUCUCCUUGCAGUCAGGAGCUUCUCUGGCUUUGCAGGCUCUUAAGGUCUCGCGGCGCACACAUGCCUGCCCCCCACCCCCUUCCUCGGUCUCCCCUUUCAGCUGAGAUGUGCUGAUGUGCAGACCGGAUUCAUCUUCCCCGAGCGGCGGCGGCGGGCGCAGGCGGCGGCGGCUCGCGCUCGGCCGCCGGGUCCUGACAGCGGCCGGGGCGCGGCGCGGGAGCCGGAGCUCGGGUGGCUUCUGAGCCGGCGGGGCGCGUCUCCCCGGCUGCGGCCGCGAAGUUUCGGCCGCUGGAAGGACAACCCGGCAAAAGCUGCGAGCCCCGGCGCCGCCGAGCCCAGUUGGUGCAGCUGCCCCAGGGCCAAGCUCCUCACCUGCCCUCCGCCGAUCCCUGGGCCCCCAGCCAACUCCCCCUGCACCUGGGGGUGCCAGGCGGUGCUGGCCCUCUCCACGGUCCCCAGGGCACCCGCAUGUCUCGGGACACCUGAGCACCCAGGUCUGGCGGAGGAACGUCCCAGGGAGGAGAGGCGCACCAGUCCCUUUAGCCCCACACAUCCUCUCGGCCCUCCGGGUCCGGUUCCCCCCUUUUCCUCCGGGGGAGAAGGAUGGGUUUGCAAAGGCUCUCCCCGAGGAUGCUGCUGUGGCUGGCGGUCUCCGGGAUUGUUUUCUCCCGGGAGCUGCGGGUCUACGCUGGCCUCGAUUACGAUUACACUUUGGAUGGGAACGAAGAAGAUAAAACGGAGACUAUAGAUUACAAGGACCCGUGCAAAGCCGCUGUGUUUUGGGGUGAUAUUGCCUUAGAUGAUGAAGACUUAAAUAUCUUUCAAAUAGAUAGGACCAUUGACCUGACACAGAACCCCUUUGCAAAACUUGGACAUACCACAGGUGGAUUUGGAGAUCAUGGUAUGUCAAAGAAACGAGGGGCCCUCUAUCAACUUAUAGACAGGAUAAGAAGAAUUGGCUCUGGCUUGGAGCAAAACAGCACAAUAAAAGGAAAAGUACCUCUAAAAUUCUCAGGGCAAAAUGAGAAAAAUCGCGUUCCGAGGGCUGCUACAUCAAGAACAGAAAGAAUAUGGCCUGGAGGUGUUAUUCCUUAUGUUAUAGGAGGCAACUUCACUGGCAGCCAGCGAGCCAUGUUCAAGCAGGCCAUGAGGCACUGGGAAAAGCACACAUGUGUGACUUUCAUUGAGAGAAGCGAUGAAGAGAGUUACAUUGUAUUCACCUACAGGCCUUGUGGAUGCUGUUCUUAUGUUGGUCGGCGAGGAAAUGGCCCUCAGGCAAUCUCUAUCGGGAAGAAUUGUGACAAGUUUGGAAUUGUUGUUCAUGAACUGGGCCAUGUGAUAGGGUUUUGGCAUGAGCACACACGCCCAGAUCGAGACAACCAUGUAACCAUCAUAAGAGAGAACAUCCAGCCAGGUCAAGAGUACAAUUUUCUGAAGAUGGAGCCUGGAGAAGUGAAUUCUCUUGGGGAGAGAUAUGAUUUUGACAGUAUCAUGCACUAUGCCAGGAACACCUUCUCAAGGGGGAUGUUUCUGGACACCAUCCUCCCCUCCCGUGAUGAUAAUGGCAUCCGUCCUGCAAUUGGUCAGCGAACCCGGCUGAGCAAAGGAGACAUUGCACAGGCAAGAAAGCUGUAUAGAUGUCCAGCAUGUGGAGAAACACUACAAGAAUCCAGUGGCAAUCUUUCCUCCCCAGGAUUCCCAAACGGUUACCCUUCCUAUACUCACUGCAUUUGGAGAGUGUCUGUGACACCGGGAGAAAAGAUUGUCUUAAAUUUUACCACGAUGGACUUAUACAAGAGCAGUUUGUGCUGGUAUGACUACAUUGAAGUAAGAGAUGGCUACUGGAGGAAGUCACCUCUCCUUGGCAGAUUCUGUGGGGACAAAGUUCCUGAAGUUCUUACCUCUACAGAUAGCAGGAUGUGGAUUGAGUUUCGUAGCAGCAGUAAUUGGGUAGGAAAAGGGUUUGCAGCUGUCUAUGAAGCGAUCUGUGGAGGGGAGAUACGGAAAAAUGAAGGACAGAUUCAGUCUCCUAAUUAUCCAGAUGACUAUCGACCGAUGAAAGAAUGUGUGUGGGAAAUAAUGGUGUCGGAGGGCUACCACGUCGGAUUGACCUUUCAGGCCUUUGAGAUUGAAAGACAUGACAGCUGCUCCUAUGACCACCUAGAAAUUCGAGAUGGGACCAGUGAAAACAGCCCUUUGAUAGGAAGAUUCUGUGGUUAUGACAAACCUGACGACAUCAGAUCUACCUCCAAUACUCUGUGGAUGAAGUUUGUUUCUGAUGGAACUGUGAAUAAGGCAGGGUUUGCAGCUAACUUUUUUAAAGAAGAAGACGAAUGUUCCAAACCUGACCGAGGAGGCUGUGAGCAGCGGUGUCUUAACACAUUGGGCAGCUACCAGUGUGCCUGUGAGCCUGGGUAUGAACUGGGGCUCGACAGGAGGAGCUGUGAAGCUGCUUGUGGUGGACUUCUUACCAAACUUAAUGGCACAAUAACCACUCCUGGCUGGCCCAAAGAAUACCCACCAAAUAAAAAUUGUGUGUGGCAAGUGGUUGCACCAACCCAAUACAGAAUUUCUGUGAAAUUUGAAUUUUUUGAAUUGGAAGGCAAUGAAGUUUGCAAAUAUGAUUAUGUGGAGAUCUGGAGUGGUCUUGCCUCUGAGUCUAAAUUGCAUGGCAAAUUCUGUGGAGCUGAAGUUCCUGAGGUGAUCACUUCCCAGUUCAACAACAUGAGAAUUGAAUUCAAAUCUGACAACACUGUAUCCAAGAAGGGCUUCAAAGCACAUUUUUUCUCAGACAAAGAUGAAUGCUCUAAGGAUAAUGGUGGCUGUCAGCACGAAUGUGUCAACACAAUGGGAAGCUACGUUUGUCAGUGCAGGAAUGGAUUUGUGCUUCACGAAAACAAGCAUGAUUGCAAGGAAGCUGAGUGUGAACAGAAGAUCCACAGCCCAAGUGGCCUCAUCACCAGUCCCAACUGGCCAGACAAGUACCCAAGUAGGAAGGAGUGCACAUGGGAGAUCAGCGCCAUUCCUGGUCACCGCAUCAAAUUAGCCUUCAGUGAGUUUGAGGUUGAGCAACAUCAAGAAUGUGCUUACGAUCACUUAGAAGUAUUUGAUGGAGAAACAGAAAAGUCCCCAAUUCUUGGACGACUAUGUGGCAGCAAGAUACCAGAUCCCCUUGUGGCUACCGGGAAUAAAAUGUUUGUUCGGUUUGUUUCUGAUGCAUCUGUUCAAAGAAAAGGCUUUCAAGCCACACAUUCAACAGAGUGUGGUGGUCGACUGAAAGCAGAACCCAAACCCAGAGACCUGUACUCACAUGCUCAGUUUGGUGACAACAACUACCCAGGGCAGGUGGACUGUGAAUGGCUUUUAGUGUCAGAACGAGGCUCUCGAUUGGAAUUGUCCUUCCAGACUUUUGAAGUGGAAGAAGAAGCUGACUGUGGUUAUGACUAUGUUGAACUUUUUGAUGGUCUCGAUUCAAAAGCUGUGGGUCUUGGUCGAUUCUGUGGCUCUGGGCCACCAGAAGAAAUCUAUUCAAUUGGAGACACGGUUUUAAUUCAUUUUCACACAGAUGACACUAUCAAUAAGAAAGGGUUUUAUAUCAGAUACAAAAGCAUCAGGUAUCCAGAAACCAUGCAUACCAAAAAAUAACAUCAGAACCUCUGUCAGAACAGAAAGGAGUGUGCAAAUGGGAAGAAGACAUAUUUUUAUAAACUGACAAUAUUAUUAUAAAUGUUUUAUAUAAUGAGUUUGAACAAAAGAAAACUGUAAGCCUAGAGUUAUCUCUAUACUUAAAGAGAACUUUCCUGACAACCCUGGCUGGUAUUGCAGCGAUGUUUGAACUCUACUCUUGCUGAUGAAUAAAUCUAGUGGAGGAACAUCACGUGCAUCAAGGAAGAUUACCAGUUUUGUUUCAAAGCCUGAAACAGACUCCUCAUACUCCAGACAGUUCAAAUCAGGGGCUGUGAUUCUGUGAAGUGAUCUUUUUGAAUAUUUUUCAAGAUUUCGGACAUAUAAUGAUCAGUCAGAUCAUUAACUGGAAAACCCAGUUCUUGGGUCUUAGCAAGAUUACUUUGACUUUGUAGGUCAGACACAGUGUAGCCAGAUCCACGUAAGAUGAUGUGAAAUGGGGGUCUUUGGAUGAUAGUUCGUACUUGGUAUGUUUGUGCAUGUGUGCAUGUGUGGGUGAAUGUGUGUGUGUCAGAGAGAGAGAGAGAGAGAGAGAGAGAGAGAGAGAGAGAGAGAGAGAGAGUAUGUUUGGAAACUGGAAUAUUUCAGCUACAUUACUUUCAUCUGCAGGUCAGCUUAGCCUUUUCACAUGAAUGAUUUUGUGACCACUUUAUCGUACUCACAUCUUAAUGAGGUUGAAACAUCUGUAGUGUCUGCUAAUGCAGUUAAUCCCUAGAUACCAUUUAUUUAAUUACUGGAAAAGCUUGGUUAAUUUGUAAACUCACUUCUUUCUGUGGAAGUGCUGCCUUUUCACACCAAAUCCAAAAACUCCAUGAUGUCUUAUGAACCUUAAGAUAAACCUCCCACAGGGUGUGCUCAGAGUCUUCUAAAUGACUGCCUGGAUGGUUCCACUCCAGUUACUACUGCUGCUGCUAUUAUCUUUCUUUUAUUGUUGGUGUAUUAUUGUUAUGGUUAUUGUUGUUAAUGUUGACAUGGUAUUUAGUGUAUUUAAAAACAGUGAAGACGAAGGGAGAUAGACCUUGGGAGAUAAGAAAACUCUCUCCCUCUUUAGUCUUUAUUUUGGGAUUCAGUUAAAAAACCCACAAUGUGGGAGGGGGCACAAAGUGAUUUGUUUCUGAAAGAUUUCUUAUGGUGCUAUUCCAUAAACACUAAAAACAAAACGAGUUUCUGACCUUUGAGCCAAAUGCUGUAGACUAUGAAUGCCUCCCUGUCUGUGGCUAGUAACAUUUGAAAACUAAAGACUUAUUAAAUCUAUCAAGAGUGUAUCAUUGCACGGGAAGCCCUCGUGCUAUGCAACAGUUGCUUAUAAUGCCUUAGAAUUCUUGCACAUAGUCAAACAAAUCCUCCUAGAGACACACCUCUUAAAAUGCUGAAUAUAAUAUCAUAUGUUAAUUAGGAGCUUAGGAGCUCCAGGAAGAAAACCCAUUUCCAUGACAGAGACA